CUGAAUCCCUCUGCGCAUGCGCCUUCUCCCGGCUCUCGCGCAAUUACAAAAUGGCCGCCUGAAUCCGCUUCCCGCGCUCUGCCCCUGGUUACCUGGAGAUGGUCGAGCUCUGACAGGACUGUGACAGAGUGAAUCACCGCACAGCGAGCCAGUGACCGGGACAGCGAGGUAAACAUGGGGAGAGACCAAGCCGAGCGAGGUCAACCCAAAAUGGCUAAAAGAGUUGCAGACAAGGAACUGACAGAUCGUAACUGGGAUCAAGAGGAAGAGGCUGAAGAUGCUGGGACAUUUUCAGUGGCAAGCCAGGACAUAUUGAAAAGUAGAGAGAUCAAAAAAGCUAAACGGAGAAACCCUGGAAGUGAGUCUGAAAGCAGUGGUGCUUUUAAAGGAUUUAAAGGUCUAGUCCCAUCAUCUUCCUCUUCUGGGGUUUCCCUGACUACUUUUGGAAAUGGAUCAGGAUUUAAACCUACAUCACUGUUGAGUAAUGGAUCCAGCACGCUAAGUACUUCCUUGUUCGUUAACUUGACGUCCACAACUAACACUAAGCCAGCUUUGGGAUCUUUGUUUGCAAAUGGCCCUUUACCCACCCAUGGUGCUGGUUCUUCUAGCACUGCAAAAACCAAUGGAGAAGGCCUUUUAUCUACCUCUGGAUUACCUCCAAAUAAGUCCAGUAACAGUGACUAUAGUAAACAGUUAAGCUCCUUGAACUGCUGCGUGCGUGACUGGAUUGUAAAACAUGUUAAUACCAAUCCUCUGUGUGAUCUCACCCCGAUCUUUAAGGACUAUGAGAAACAUUUGUCUAACAUCGAACAAAAGUUUGGGUCCAGCACAGAUAGCGGCUCAGAAAGUGAUGGCACCGCCAAGCCAAGCCAGAAUCUGACCACUCCAUCAUUUGCUGCUCUAAAAAGUAGUAAUGAGUGCACUGUUUCGGUUAACAAAGAGAGUGCAUCAGACAAGCAAGAAAAUAAACAGCAGUCUGUGCCUACCUUUAAUUUUGGCCAGAAAGUGGACAGCUCAGCUUUUACCUCUACGGCACCCAUUGGCUUUUCAUUCUCUGCUGGGCUGUUUGGAAAAGAUCUGAAGAGUGGUGCAACCACCUCUCCCACUUCAGUCCAGCCGACCGAAUCUAAAAAUGGUGGUGAUGCAGGAGCUGCAGAAGAGGAAGAGGAGCCACCAAAAGCUGUAAUUCAAGAAGUGAAGGAAGAUGAUGCAUUUUAUUCCAAAAAGUGCAAACUCUUCUAUAAAAAAGAGAAUGAGUUUAAAGAGAAGGGAGUGGGAACACUCCAUCUGAAACCUGUUGCUAAUGACAAGACGCAGCUCUUGAUAAGGGCUGACACCAACCUAGGUAACAUUUUGCUGAAUAUUUUCGUCCAGCCCUCUAUGCCAUGUUCAAGAACUGGGAAAAACAAUGUUAUGAUAGUGUGCGUUCCAAACCCACCAAUCGAUGAGAAGAACCCGACCGUUCCCAUCACUAUGUUAAUUAGAGUUAAAUCUGCAGCGGAUGCUGAUGAGCUGCACAAAAUUUUGCUUGAGAAGAAGGUGGCUUAACCUUUCCCUCCUCUGCCCCCAAAUUGCUGCUCAUUCUAGAACUCACAAAUGUUGCCAUUCAUUGGGUGAUAAUACUCUUUACUGUGGCCACUCCCGAAUUCUGAUAAAUUUGUCUUAAAUUUUUGUUAAGGAUAGUUAAAUGGAAAGCUUUAAGUGGAAAGAAGCACACAGGAUGUAUGCAAAGCCGUUUAAAUAUGAAUGACUUGUUUAUCACAGCAAAGCCUUAGCUGAUCUUCACACAGAUCCUCUUCCAAAAAUGUUUACAAUGUGUAAGGAUAAAGCCUUAAUUUGUCUCCCUUUCCCAAACACUCUUCUGCUUGAGUCCCAUGGAAAUGUGUGAGGAAAAAAUGUCUGACCCAUCUUUUUGCUUUUGCUUCUCAGCCAGAUUACUAAUAUAUUUUCAAAUGUUACGGUCUUAAAUCUGAAUAGUCACCUAAAUUCUGCCCUUAGAACAAUUUAAAAUGGCAUCCUUGACUCUGCAGGUUGGUUCGCAUAUGGAGUAAUGUUUGCUAGUGUUGGAAUGCUUUUGGCAGGCUUUGUGUGAAGAAGCUUAAAAAAGAGACUGCGUUAAACAAAGGAUCUUAUUGCAUCUUCUGAGACUAACCAAUAUUUCAUGUAGGGGUCCAAUUACAAUUGAGUUGUAGGCCACAAUAUAACAGUUUCAUCACUGUCACAUUAUGACACACAAUAAACACAUCUCCUCA